AGAGUUUGAGGAAGUGAUCUGUGCUCAGUGCUCACAGUCCGCUUCCCUUCACUAAACCUUCACAGCUCUUGUGCUGUAGAGUCUGCUGGUCAUGGGAAGGUGCUGAGAAACCCUAGGACUGUUAAAUAUCUCAUCGGCAGAAGAACCACAAAACAAAGUAGAAACAAGCAGCAGCGGCACAAUGGGCAGUAAAUAUCACUGGCAGAGUCAGAAUGUCAAGCAGAGCGGUGUUGACGACAUGGUGCUUCUCUCUAAGAUUACUGAAGAUGCCAUUGUGGAAAACCUUAAAAAGAGAUUCUUGGACGACUACAUCUUCACUUAUAUAGGGGCUGUGUUGAUAUCGGUGAAUCCCUUCAAACAGAUGCCAUACUUCACUGACCGGGAGAUUGAACUCUACCAGGGAGCUGCCCAAUAUGAAAAUCCACCACACAUUUACGCUCUGACAGACAAUAUGUACAGGAACAUGAUGAUUGACAGUGAAAAUCAGUGUGUCAUUAUCAGCGGAGAGAGUGGAGCAGGAAAAACUGUUGCUGCUAAAUACAUCAUGGGCUACAUCUCGAAAGUAUCCGGGGGAGGAUCUAAAGUACAGCAUGUCAAAGAUAUUAUCCUGCAGUCAAACCCUCUGCUAGAAGCAUUUGGCAAUGCGAAGACAGUCCGCAACAACAAUUCAAGUCGCUUUGGCAAGUACUUUGAGAUCCAGUUCAGUCGAGGAGGAGAGCCAGACGGAGGGAAGAUCUCCAACUUUCUGCUGGAAAAAUCAAGGGUCGUGAGUCAAAAUGAAAAUGAAAGGAACUUUCACAUCUUCUACCAGCUAAUAGAUGGAUGCACACCCCAGCAAAAGGAAGGCUUGGGAAUCAUGACACCAGAUUACUACUACUACCUGAACCAGUCUGGAACAUACAAAGUGGAUGGAACCAACGACAGCAAGGACUUCCAGGAAACUAUGGAAGCCAUGCAGGUGAUUGGCAUACCAGAAAUGCAUCAGACGGUGGCGCUACAGAUUGUUGCUGGCAUCUUACACCUGGGCAGCAUUAAUUUCAUUGAGGUGGGAAACUACGGGCAGGUGGAGAGCACAGACUUGUUGGCGUUCCCUGCAUACCUGCUGGGCAUUGACCAGAACCGUCUACAGGAGAAGCUCACCAGCAGAAUAAUGGACUCCAAAUGGGCCGGCAAGACUGAAUCUAUUAAUGUGACUCUCAAUCUGGAACAAGCACGGCACACGCGUGACGCUCUCGCCAAAGCUCUCUACACAAGACUCUUUGACUAUUUGGUUGAGGAAAUAAAUAAAGCCAUGCAGAAACCCAUUGAAGAGCUGAGUGUUGGUGUUCUGGAUAUUUAUGGAUUUGAGAUUUUCCAGAGGAAUGGUUUUGAGCAGUUCUGUAUCAAUUUUGUGAAUGAAAAGUUGCAGCAGAUCUUCAUUGAAUUGACACUGAAAGCAGAACAGGAAGAGUAUGUGCAAGAGGGCAUCAAAUGGACACCCAUAGAGUACUUUAACAACAAAAUCGUGUGUGACUUAAUAGAAAAUAAACUGAGUCCCCCUGGCAUCAUGAGUGUGCUGGAUGACGUGUGUGCCACCAUGCAUGCCACCAAAGAUGGCGCUGACAUGACUCUGCUUCAGAAGCUCCAGAAUGCGGUUGGGACGCACGAUCACUUCAACAGCUGGAACUCUGGUUUCAUCAUUCACCACUACGCUGGCAAGGUGUCAUACGAUAUCAAUGGUUUCUGUGAGCGAAACAGAGACGUGCUUUUCCCCGAUCUCAUAGAACUGAUGCAAAGCAGCCAAUAUGACUUCAUCCAAAGCCUCUUCCCAGAAAACCUCAACACGGAUAAGAAAGGUAGACCAACCACUGCUGGCUCCAAAAUCAAAAGGCAAGCCAAUGAGCUGGUCAGUACACUGAUGAAGUGCACACCGCACUACAUACGCUGCAUCAAACCCAACGAGACCAAGAGGCCCAAAGACUGGGAGGAGAGCAGAGCGAGACAUCAAGUGGAAUAUCUCGGCUUAAGGGAAAAUAUUAGGGUACGACGUGCUGGAUUUGCCUAUCGUAGAAUCUUCCCGAAGUUUUUACACAGGUAUGCCAUCCUGACAGCAGAGACGUGGCCAUGUUGGCGUGGAGCAGAGCAGCAGGGCGUUUUGCACCUUCUGCGUUCGGUAAACAUGGAGACAGACCAGUACCAGAUGGGUCGCUCCAAAAUCUUCAUCAAGAAUCCGGAGUCGCUCUUUCUGCUGGAAGAGAUGCGAGAAAGGAAGUUUGACACAUUUGCCAGAACCAUCCAGAAGGCGUGGAGGAAAUACAUUGCCAGGAGGAAAUAUGAACAAAUGCGGGAAGAGGCCUCGGAUAUACUUUAUAACUCUAAAGAACGACGUAGGAAUAGUAUAAACAGAAACUUUGUUGGCGAUUACCUGGGCAUGGAGGACAAACCUGAGCUGCGGCAGUUCAUGGCCAAAAGAGAGCGGGUUGACUUUGCUGACUCGGUUAACAAGUUUGACCGUAGAUUCAAGUCUAUAAAGCGGGAUCUAAUACUGUCACCAAAAUCCAUCUACCUAAUUGGACGGGAAAAGAUAAAGAAAGGACCAGAAAAGGGCCAGAUAAAAGAAGUUCUGAAAAGAAGGCUGGACAUCAGCGGCAUCCGUUCAGUGUCAUUGAGCACAAGACAAGAUGACUUCUUCAUUCUACACGAGACGGAGUACGACAGUCUGCUGGAGUCCAUGUUCAAGACUGAGUUCCUUACACUGCUGUGCAAACGUUACGAGGAGCAAACCAGAAGUAAACUCACUCUGUCCUUCAGUGACAGGCUGCAGUUUAAUGUGAAGAAAGAGGGAUGGGGGGGAGGAGGCACACGAAUGGUGGUGUUUCAGAAAGGACAGGCCGAUGAAUCCGUCAUCAAAGCCGGAGGAAAGACCCUCACCGUCAGUGUUGGAGAUGGACUGCCUAAGACAUCCAAGCCGACCAGGAAAGGCAUGCCUCAGAGUCAUGGAGGAAGAAGCCAGCCACAGCACAGAGGUGGGCAUCAGAAUGGGGCAGCGCAGUUUCAUCGGGGUGGCGGUCAGCAGCAGCAGCAGAAGGAAGUGACGUACUCCAUGCCAGUGAGGCAGAAUCCUCCACCCAGCAACCCUCUAAAACUAGGCUCGCAGAAGAAUCAAAGAGGCUCGAGGCCGGUUCAGAAUCAGUCCACAAACCUCGACUUCCUCAAUGUGCCUGAUCAGGGCAUGUCUGGCAUGCAGCGGAAAAAGAGCAUCAGCCAGCGUCCUCCUCCGGCCCCCUCUAGCCGGCCCAAACCUCAGGCACGACCACAGGGCCCACGAUGCAGAGCGCUUUAUCAGUAUUUUGGCCAGGAUGUGGAUGAAAUCAGCUUUGACGUCAACGACAUCAUUGAGAUCCUCGCUGAAGACCAAUCAGGAUGGUGGCGGGGAAGAAUUCGUGGGAAAGAAGGUCUCUUUCCUGGAAACUAUGUGGAGAAGAUCUAAAGAGGUAGACCUGCACCCUAGAUCAGUGGUUCUCAACUGGUUUGGCCGCGGGACCAUUUUCCUAUGGUCAUCGAACACAAGCACCACCUCACUUGAAAGAGUAUUGUUAAUACUGAUGAAUAAGAAUUAAAUAGCAGUUCCAAACUAGUUUUUGCUGAUACAAUAACAUUCGAAAAGUUUAGUAACAGAAUAACAGCUGACAGGUUGAGAAAGAUUAUUGCCGUAUCUCAUCUGAAAUGGCCUUUAGGAGAAUGUGUUUUCACGCACAUGAAGUGCAUCUAACAAGAAGCAUUAAAAGCUUUCACACACUUCUUUCAUAAAGUCACGACCUACCAGUUGAGAAACAGAUCAUGAAAAUCUCUGAGAUUUUACACUUCAGGCCAGUGACGAGAUCAGUGAAUUGUGAAUUGUUUUGUUUGUUUUUCUUGCUGAAUUUGAUGUUUUUAAAAACUGUUUUUAGACUAGACUAAAUAGACUAGUUUUUUUAUGGAAGAGCAAAUACCGUUUACAAAGACUCUGCACUGUCUACAAAUGACCACUUGACGGCACUGUUUUACAAUUAGAAAGAUUUCCAAGAGCAUUUUUAUAACAGGGAAGGGAGGAACAGCAAUCAUUGCUUUUUUGCUUUAAUUUUUGUGUAAUUUCUUGAAAACUGUGUAUGUAAAAAAAUUAGAAAACAUUUUCUAAGCAUUGUUUUGUAAUUUUAUAUGGUCUUCUGUCUAAUAUCUUUAAUCAGAAAAAUGCUCAAUUAAUGUUUGAUGUUGAUGUCUGAUAGCAGUAUUAAAGAGAGCUUUGUUUGAAAGUAUUUUAGUGCUGUUCUCUAUUAAAAUAUGUAAAUACAAAUAAAAUAUAUUAAAAUAGGUCCUAACAUAAAAUAAUUAUAAGAAAUAUAAAAAAAAAACAAAUAGCAAUAACAGCCUAUUGCUUAGUUCUGGUCUAAUAUUCUGAAAGCUAUAUACACUGCCUGACUAAAGUUUUGUCAUCGAUCCCAGUUGUAAGAGCAACAAAUAAUAACUUGACUUCUAGUUGAUCAUUUGGAAAAGUGGCAGAAGGUAAAUUUUUCUGAUUAAUCAUCUGUUGAACUGCAUCCCAAUCAUCACAAAUACUGCAGAAGACCUACUGGAACCCACAUGGACUCAAGAUUCUCACAGAAUGUUCGGUGAAGGAAAAAUCAUGGUUUGAGGUUACCUUUAGUAUGGCAGCGUGCAAGAUAUCUGCAGAAUGGAUGGCAACAUCAACAGCCUGAGGUAUUAAGACGCUUGUGCUGCCCAUUACAUUACAAACCACAGGAGAAGGCAAAUUCCUCAACAGGAUAACAAAGAAGGUCAAGGUGCCCCAGAAUUGGCCAGCUCAGUCACCAGACAUGAACAUUAUUGAGUAUGUCUGGAGUAAGAUGGAGGCAUUGAAGAUGAAUCCAAAGAAUCUUGAUGAACUCUGGGAGUCCUGCAAGAACGUUUUCUUUGCCAUUUCAGAUGACUUCAUUAAUACGUUUUUGAGUCAUUGCAGAGAUGUAUGGAUGAGGUCCUCCAAGCUCAUGGGAGUCAAACACAAUAUUAAUACUUUUCCCACUGCACCAUGACUUUAUAUUCUAUACUGUACAUUAUUUCUGUUAAGUGACAAGACUUUUGUCUAAGCAAAGUCAGACCUUACUGUCCUAAUUAAAUAUCAAGGCAUGAUCAUAUGUUAUUUUGGUAAAAUAAGCGUAAUCUUGAGGCCUUUGCCUUUCAUAUAAGCCCCUUCUGUUACCAAAUGAUCAACUAGAAGUCAAAUUAUUAUUUGUUGUUCCUAAAACUUGGAUAGGCAACAAGACUUUUGUCAGGUAGUGGAUAUAAGAGAAAGCAACAUUUUUGUGCAUGUUUUUUACAUUUUAUAUUCUUUUCUGUGUAAAAUCUUCAAUUAUAAAAAUAUAAAUGGAUGUCUGUGAUAACAGUAUUAAAACAUAAUUUUUCUAAAAAAUGUGACGAGAAAUGUGUUCAUGACAGUCUGG